AUGCAGCACAGCAAACUCUCUCAUCGGAGAGAGGACGAAACCAGUGAGGACAAACCAACGCAUGUCCAACCACAGCAACAGCAACAGCAACAGCAACAACAGUUACAAAUAUCACGGUGGCAACCAAUGGAGAGGAUGAGUGAUGAUGAAGGCUCUGAUCGGAUGAACGAUAAUCAGAGUUAUCAACCGACAACAAGUUUAUAUCAUCAACUAGUGGUCUCGGAUCAACAACAAUUAUUGGCUUCAUCAUCAACAAGUAAUGUAUUAUUAACACCAAAUCAGACUGGAUUCUACAAUAAUAUUAUUCGACGAGAGAAUCGAUUGAAAAUGCACAAGAGAAAAGCCACAAGUGGUGUAAAGUUUGAAGACUGGGAUCCCGAUGUGAGAGAGAAGAAAGUCAAGAAGUUUGUUCAGGCUUGUUCGGAUGGUAAUUUUGUGCAAAUGUACAAGCUUUUUAGAGAAGGAGUCGACAUUAAUGCAAAAGAUAGAUACGAUGAAUCAGGAUUGUACAAUGCUGCCAAUGAAGGGCAUUACAGUAUUGUAAAGUUUUUAGUGAAACAUGGAGCAAGUAUUGAUACUGCCAACAGUGGACAAGUAAGUACUUUCGAAAUUAAAAACAUAUGCUGGAAAAUUCACAACCAACAGACUGCUCUUUGGAUUGCCUCAUAUAAUGGAAAAUUUAAAGUGGUUCGAAGGUUGCUGAAAUUAGGAGCAACCAAACAGUUACGAUGUUCUCCACUUAUUGACAACACCACACCUGAGGAAAUUGCAAGAGAACAGGGUUUUGAGGAAAUUGCAGCUUACAUUAGGAAUUUUGAUGCUGAGAAUUAUCACAUUUUGAAAAAUUGUAAAAAGAGAUUUAAAACACGUCUAGUGAACCAACAACAAUUAGUGUAUAGUAGUAACACCUUUGUAGAUAUCACCAUUCAAUGCUCAAAUGAAUAUUACGACCCUUGCCAAGAUGAAGAAUCAGUGUGUACAGAAUUGAGUCUUGUGACGAGACCAUCCAAGAACAAGAGACCAAAAGCGUCAAAUGCGAACUUGGCCUUGGAACCAUUUUCUAGCGUUUUAUAUGUUGCAGACCAGCCUUACUAUAUUUAUACGUGUGAGUGCUGUAAAGCGCCAUUUUUCAGCACUCUAUCUGAAUAUGAUCAUUAUCUACUUCACAAAAUUGAAUAUCAUAGGGAUGCUCUUUGCCAUACUCAUUCAAUGAAUACAGCUAUCAGUACAAGCAGUUUUCUGUCACAACUUCAUGCUUUAACACAACAAGAUUCUGAUGGCUUAAUGGAAGAUGAUAAUCAAGAUGCUGAACUGCCUCCUAUUGAAUGUCCAAAUGACUUUGAAGUCGGAAAUGGACGAUUAUUUUUCAGAAGCACAAUGGCCUCUGAUGUCGAUAUGGAAUCGAUUCAUGAAGUUGCGUCCUUAUUUUUUGAGCCAUGCGUAUUACCUGUUCCAGUUGAUCAACUUUCUGGUGACAUGUUUCAAAUGUUAAAAAGAUUCCAUACGCAGGACAGCUCGGUCCUGUUGGAAAGCGAUGAGUUUUGCCCAAAGAAAAAAAAGAAAUUUGAUUCAUAG